AUGAGCGUCAAAGAUAUUCUAGAUUAUCCCCAGAAUAAACUCCACUACAUUGUUAAUAUGGAAUGCAGCGUGCCCUGUUACCGCACUGCGAACUUCGGUCAGAUUGUUUUCUGGAUAAGAUUGAGCUGCGAUGUCAAUCGUGUGAGGAUGUUCAAGCAGCAGAGAAAAAAACUUGAGACCAGUACAAAUUCUGAGAUGAGACGAGCAGAAAACGAAUCAAAACCACGAUCCCGUCGUUUCUCUCAACAAGAAUUCAAAUCUCCUGAAUCUUCUCUCGACACUCUUCACACGAUUCACGAUUCUCGGAGAAGAGACACCCAUUUCGAAUCCAUAACCAAAUCCCAUCAAUAUCAAUCUUCAACCACUUCCACUAGCGAGAGAAUAGACCCCAACGUCGGGUAUGAGGAAAGCAGGAGUGAUAAUUUUCAGAGUCGUACGGACUCCUGGAGGGCGUGGAGUUCGGGGGAUUAUUCCGGAAGAAGAAAGGAAAUCGGGGAAGCCGUUCAGUUACAGCAGCAGAUCAACAGCGGUUUUCCCGAUACCGAUAAUCUUUUCGAUGACACAAAUACAGUUAUCACGGAUGAUUGGGGGAGAUACAAGAGAAAGUCAUUAAACAGUCAGAUGACUGAGACUGGUGACGCUGUGGUCAUUAGGAUAGAACGGCUGAGUCUCUUCCCGAGGUGCACUUUGUUGAACGAUCGAGAUGUCAAGCAACUUUAUGUGGAAUUUUCAUUCCUGGGAAAUCAUGGCCCGGAUUUGGAAACCGUGUCGGUGCCAAUACCUAGGAGUUCACCGUAUCAUCUGUAUUUCAAUUAUAUGAAGAAAUUCGACAUCGACACGAAAAUUCAUUCUGAUCAGCGGAAGAAAUUAGAAGAAAUGCUGUCUGACGAGGUGAGUUCGACAGUGAAAUUCACGAUUGUUAAUGAACCGUUGAUGGAAGAAAUGGAGACUAAGGACUGCGUCGAAGUUGGUCAUGCAUAUUUGAACUUGAAAGAGCACGUGUUAAAUGGAGGAAGUCAUGACAUCUCUCUUAAGGUUUCCAACAUCGAGGCGAGUGACACUAUAGGAUCAUUAAAGAUCACAGUGUUGGGAGCAGAUGCCAUUCGCAAAUGUAUUACGCAAGAUUGAGCUGCUUGCGUCGAAAAUAUUUUUAUAUCUCCAUGUGAAAUAUAUUAUUUCGAUAA